CUUCUUGAACUUCAGAAGGUGGGGGAAGUGGGGGAACCACAUCCUGGUCUCACCCGCCCACUCGCCCUUCCUUGUGUAACCAGCCACCGAAGCCCCUCCCUGCCCCUUGCAUGCAGGCUCCUUGCCCACAACUGUCCCCUCAGAGAGACCCAAGCAUUUCCAUCUGCAGCAUCCUCUGUCCUCAGGGAGGCAUGCAUUUGCUGCCCUAAGUCCCAGGCAGUAGAGGUCCUUGGCAAGCGAUGUGUGAGCCCUGAUUGUCCUAGGAAUCUCUCCAUCCCCAUCUGGGGACCAAAGGCCAGGCCACAAGUAGUUGGUCAGUCCUCCUCCACCCAGACCUCACUGCUGAGGUCCCCCUCACCAACUGGGACACCCUCCGACAUGGCCUGGACGCUGUCGCUCAUCUUUAUCAUGGUCUAUGCAGGAUCCUGUGCUCUCUGGGUGUGCCAGCUCCCUGAGAUUCAUACCCAAGAGGGCACCACUACUCUCCUGCCCUGCUCCUUCAAUGCUAGCCAAGGGACACUAGCCAUUGGCUCUGUCACAUGGUACCGAGAUAAAGUGGCCUUAGGGAAGGAGGUGAGCAAUAUGACCCCAGAAUUCAGGGGCCGCCUGGCCCCCACUUCCUCUUCCCGAUUCCUCUAUGACCACCAGGCUGACCUGCACAUCUGGGACACCCAAUGCCAUGACGCCGGCGUCUAUGUGUGCAGAGUGGAGGUGCUGGGGCUGGGUGUCGGGACAGGGAAUGGGACUCGGCUGCUUGUGAAGAAAGGUGAGGCACUGGGAGGUGGUGCUUCCUUGACUGAAGGCCCUGAUUGUCUCUGUAAUUCAGGAAUUCCCGUUGCCCUGAUUUACCAGCCCCUUCCUCUCCAGGACCUCUUCAGACAAAGACCAUCAUGGUGCUCUUCCUUCGAGCUGGACUCUAUGCCCUCAGCUUCCUCUCUGUGGCCAUGGGUAGCACCCUCUAUUACCAAGGCAAAUGUGAGUAGUAGAGUCAGGGGCAAUGGAAGAGAUGGGAGGGGCAGUAAGAGAGCUGAAGGAGGGAAGGACAGACACCAAGAAGACAAUAGCUUCAGGACUGCGGUACUGAGAGGCUCCUGUCAUCUCUCCCACCAGGCUACUGUCAUACUGGAAUACAAUGUACUCCUUGGAGAGCCUCCUAGAAGAGAUUCUAGACCCCAAUGAUCCUGACUCUCUUUAAGGGACCCCAAUAAAU